AUGGAAGCAAAAAGAAUUGUUUUGAUAACAGGUGCCAACAGAGGUUUGGGAUUAAAACUAGCUGAAGUACUUGCAGAAAAAUACUCUUUGAUAUUGACUGCUAGAAAACAAGAUGAAUUGGAAAAAACUAAACAAAACUUAGAAAAGAAUUUCUAAAAUCUUGAAAUCAAGACUCAUCUGUUGGAUGUCAGUAGUAAGGAGAGUGUGAGAAAGCUUAAAGAUUGGCUUGUAUCACAACACUUAAAGAUCGAUGUACUUGUCAACAAUGCUGGAGUGAACUAAGACCCAAGAAAAAUCAUUGAUAUCAACUUGAUUGGAACCAUUGAUGUGACUGAGUAAUUACUUAGUACCUUGAAGGAUGAUGGAAAGGUUAUAUUGAUCUCAUCCAUCCUAGGAAAGUUGGAAAACCAACCAUAAGACUUAAAAGAGACAUUAUUGAAAAAAAAAACCAAGGAAGAAAUUAUUUAGCUUUCAGAGGAAUUUAUCUUAAAAAACCAAGAAUAUUUGACUGUUUAUUCAGCCUCUAAAGCACUCUUAAAUGCUUAUGGUAGAUAUGUUUUGAGUGGAAUAGUCAAACCAAAUUAAUCAAUCUACUGUAUACAUCCAGGAUGGAUUAAAACUGAAAUGGGAGGUCCUUAAGCUCCAGGUACACUUGAUGAGGGAGUUGUAACAAGCUAAUUUUUGAUCAAGGAUCUACCAUUCAAGAGAGAUGAGAAGUACCAUGGAAAGUAUAUUAAUGACAAGGCUCAAGUGGAAGAUUAUUGAUUAUGAAUUAUCAAAUAUUAUCAAUAAUCGAGAAAGAUAUGCCUAAAUUUUAAAAUAGUAUAACUCUAAAAUAUUUCAUUCAAUAACAA